AUGGCAGAACUCUCCAAAGAAGUAGUCAUCCUUAUUGUCAUCGUCGGCUGCGUGGUUUGCGUCCUGAUCGGCUACUCUAUCCAUUAUAUCUUCACGAACGGCUUCCAAGAUGACCCGACGGAAAAGGAAAUGACAUACGAGCAGAAGGAGUAUAUGCGGGACUUGCGGUUGAAGAAUAUGGAGGUGCUGGCUAGGCAGGCUGGAGUGAAGGUCCCGAGGGAUCCUUGA